AUGACCACCCCAACGAACGAAACAUCCCGGAGGGCCAUCAAGGGCCACGUCAGACGCUGGAUCCACAACAUCCAGCAAUACGACAUCGUACAAAUAGACCUAACAAUCUACAAUAUAUUGCUAGGAGCUGAAACCAGUCUAAAAAGCAUGCAAGCUAAAUACAAUCGACUCUCAGAGGCGGUCGCCAGAGACAUGGAAGCAUCAAACGCGACCCGUGCACAAUUCGAUGCCGAGGUCGAAAGCGUGAUCACUCUGGAGGAUGAGUGCAACGCUGCAUACGUGAUCGUCAGGGCCAAAGAAAAGGCCGAUCAGGACGCCAUAAGGGCCCAAGAAAAAACCGAUCAAGACGCUGCAAGAGCACAAGAGAUAAUCAUCCGUCAACAAGAAUUUCAAGAUCAACAGAACUUGUUCCGACAAUUGAUUGCCGCCAUUCCAGCAGCAGCUGCACUAGGAGCACCAGCAGCUCCAGCCGCAGUUACAUCGACUAAGCUCCCAAAACGUCAAAUUAAACCAUUCAAAGGGGACGUGCUCGAAUGGACGGCCUUCUGGGAAGGUUACAACGCAGCCGUCCAUGAAUCAGCCAUUCCAGCAGUUCAAAAAUUUGGAUAUCUUAAAGACUACUUGAAAGGUGAAGCACAGCUGUGCGUGGAGAACCUUGAGCUGACAGACGCCAACUACACCGUUGCAGUGAAUCUACUGAAGGCGAUGUACGGCAAACCGGACGUCCUGAUCGAGGCCCACACCCACAAGUUAGCAACGCUGCAACCAGUGAAAGACAUAGCUGAUACCGCGGCGCUCAGGUGCUUCCAGCUGACUAUCCAGUCACAUAUCAAUGCGUUGGAGACACUGGGAGUUGCAAGAACGAGCCACGGAUGCCUCCUUGGAUCAAGCAUUUUACGCUCGAUCCCACUCAAACUUCAAGAAAAGUGGGCAGAAUCCGCAACAAACAAGGUAACAGACAUUGAUCAAGUGUUAAAAUUUAUCGAAGAGCAAGUUGAAGCUGCAGAGCGACUCAGCCGUCUGAGAGCUACUACACCAAAGCCGGCCCAAAAUUCUCCGCAACCGGCAAAAAUAAAACCAGCAACAACACCGACAGCUUCCCAGCUCGGAGUCAGCAGCAAGCCGACUCCACAAACAAACCAUCCAAGCAAAACAAGAAGAAAUGGCAGCCCACCACCACCAAGGAGAGAAGCGACAGCAUCAUCUUCAAGAAAGCCAAUGCUGCCCUGCGUGUUCUGCAAGGAGAUGCAUUGGGCCACGAAUUGCCCAAUGGAGCUGAAAGAAAAAAAGGCAGUCAUCACCAACGAAAGAAGAUGCUCAAACUGCUUCGGUCGACACGAGACCACCGUUUGUUUCAAUCCCCACAGGUGUCAGCGAUGCCGAGCAAAGCACCACACAUCCUUGUGUGCCGAGAAAGACACCAGAUUCGGAUCCUCAACCAUAAUUCCAAAUAAACCGGCCGCUAGAAGCAGCUCAACUACAGCGUGCGCAAGCUCCUUUGGUGAGAUUAUUCUCAAAACAGCAACCGUUUACAUUUUAGGCCCAUACGGAAAGCAGAUCCGAGCAAUUCUCUUCCUCGACGACGGCAGCCAUAGAACAUGGAUUAAAAAGCAGAUUUCAAGAGAGCUUCAACUGAAGAUAAUCCAGGUGGAACAAAUCGCGACCAGGGCCUUCCGCCAGACAGAGGCCCCUCCAGCAGAGACUCACAACGUGGUCGAAAUGACGGUGCGGGGCACCUGGCAAGGAGCCCCAACGGUGCGCAUAGAAGCUUUGGAGGCAACCGACAAAGUAGGAAGCACCGGCACGUACCAAACUACAGAAUUUGCAAGAAAGCUGUGGUUGGAAAAUGAAAAUUUGGCAGACGACCGCUUCGAACGUGAAGAAGGAGACGAGGACGUCGGAAUUCUUGUUGGAAUGGACCAAAUGUUCAACAUCAUGUUCAACGAGCCAGCAAUUACAAGCCCGUGCGGACUCAGAGCCUACAGUUCGAAACUUGGAAAGGUCAUCGGCGGUCCAUCCCAAGAAACAACAUCGAAGCAAAGUCAAUCAAUUGUCAGUCAACUACUAAUCAAUUCAAAUUGCUCUCUACCACAGAUCACCUCACAGCCAUCAGAAAUUUUUAACAGCAUCCAAUCAAACAAGUCGGAAAGCAGGGAGACAGGAAACUCCAGUCUCCUUCCACUACCAGAAAAUUCUGAACAAAUCUGCUUUUUCGACUCAACAAAAGAAAGAAAAAGGUUUGAAAUGGAGAAGUUAAAUUUUGAUAUGUCGUUAUUUUGGCGUCUAGAAAAUUUCGCGAACUUAAACGACUGCGUUGCUGUGGAGAAGGACGAUCAAUUCCGCUCCUUCUGCGAAGAAAUCACGCGAUUUGAAGACGGCAGAUAUUGCACGCCAAUACCAUGGACAACUGACAGAUGGAGACUGGAAAUCAACCACCAGAUGGCAGCAGUAAGACUGAGAAGCAUGCUGCACAAGCUCCGAAAAUCUCCAGUCGACUUGGCCAACUACACAAAAGAAAUCGAACAACUCAUAGCAAACGGAUUUGUAGAAGAGGCUGAUUUCAAUUACGAUGGCCUCCACACUUAUCUACCGCAUCAUCCAGUCUACCGAACAGACAAGGCCACCACAAAAAUCCGACCAGUUUUCGACGGCGCCGCAAGAUCCAAAUAUGGACCGAGCCUCAACGAUGUUCUGGAGACCGGACCAAAUCUUAAUCCUGAUCUCCUCUCGGUCUUAAUGCGCUUCCGGAUGAACCGGAUCGCCUGGAUUGCGGAUAUCGAAAAGGCCUUUCUCAACAUCGCGCUGCAGCCCGAAGACGCUGAAGCUGUCAGAUUUUUAUGGCCAAGAAAACCGGAAGAACCCAACUCCGAUUUCAUCGCGUACAAAUGGAAAAGAGUUCCAUUUGGGCUAAGCUCAAGUCCAUUCCUUUUAAGAGUCACUAUUAACAAAUAUUUGCUCUCAGUCAAAUCUAGAUUUUCUACGACAGUCGAGCAGAUAGAAGAGCAGCUUUACGUAGACGACUACCUCGGAGGAGCAGACGACGUGCCAACAGCCAUAACUACGGUAGAAGAAACCGUCACGUUAUUCUCAGAGGCCCAACUCAACAUGAGGAGCUGGGCAACAAACAACAAGCAGCUCCGUGACUUUCUCACCGAUAAAGAAAUGUCGGACCAGAUUGUCGGAAUUCUUUCACCCACAAUAGACGGCCAGCAAAAGGCACUGGGUCUUAGAUGGGACACGAGCUCCGAUUCAUUUAAAUUUGACCCUACAUCUAUAAUGGAAGCAGCCGUGCAGAUAGGAGAAAAAAUCACCAAAAGAAAAAUUCUGAGCAUAUCAGCAAGGAUAUUCGACCCAAUUGGUUUCCUAGCUCCUACAGUCCUACUUUUAAAAAUAAUUUAUCAAAAACUUUGGGAAGGAGACAUAGGUUGGGACGAUGACGCCACACCCGAAGUGAAGAACACCUGGGGCAGCAUCAUGAAAGGCCUGAAGGAUCUACAUCAUUUGGAGAUCCCACGAUGGAUUAGAUAUUCAAAAACUUCCAUCGUCUCCGCAGAAAUUCACGUGUUCGGCGAUGCAUCAGAAGCAGCAUACGGAGCAGUAGCCUACGCACGGCUCCGACUGGAGAACGGAAUUCCCUACACCAUCCUCCUUGCAAGCAAAACCAGAGUGGCACCUCUCCCAAAAAAGAAAGUAACGUUACCCAGACUCGAACUACUAAGCUCUUUGUUAGCAAUUCGUUUAGGAGAGAAAAUCCGAACCUCCCUUCACACCGAGUCAUGGAAAACGACUUACUGGACAGACUCCCUCGUCACACUUGGAUGGAUACGAGGAGAUCCUUAUCGUUGGAGACCGUUCGUGCGAAACCAGGUGGAAACCAUCAGAAAAUUUUCCAACGCGGAUUGGUGGAGACAUUGCCCCGGAUUGGAGAAUCCAGCCGAUCUCGCUUCACGGGGAGCGCCAGCGCAUGCGCUGGUGGAAUCGAAACUUUGGUGGCACGGACCAGCCUGGCUGACAGAAGGAGAAAGCGAAUGGCCGAAUUCUCCAGAAAACCACUCCACCGAAACUCAAGAGAAAAUCGAGGAAGAGGAGACAAAGAAAACGGCAACUGUCUCCUUUGCAGCAGUCGAAACAGCCCAGCCGAUUGAAUGGUACCUCGACAAAACCUCUACAUGGACAAAACUACUUUUCAGAACAGCCUGGGUCCUCAGAGCACUCAACCGUAUGAAGAAAAGAACGCGCGACCCAGGACUUGAACUAAAAGAAGUCAUUACAGUCGCCGGAAAAGAAAUAACGAUCGACAAGGUAGUCACCGAAGAGCUGAACGAAGCGGAGCUAGCCAUCUGCAGACAGCUCCAAAUAGAACGCUAUCCCAAAGCUUUUCGGACACUCCAGCUCGGACUGCAGAUUCACCCAAAGGAGAAAAUCGCAUCGCUCCGACCGGUCUGGGACAAUCGAGAUCGACUCAUCCGAGUCACUGGAAGAGUGGCGCUCGCCCUCAGGGAUCGAGACAUUCAACCACCGAUCCUUCUCCCAGCAAACCAUCCUGUUGAGUAA